CCAUUCCAAUCAAUCUGUCGGCUCUCCUUCAAUAUGACUGCAGACGAUCCCGUACUGACAGCGUGGGAGGGUACUUGGAGCAAGCUCUCGAACUCUUGGACUCACCCUAUGAGACAGCCUCGCUUCUUGGAAUGCUUAUAUACCUACCGCCUGGAUCCAAUCAAUCAGGUCGAGCCUUCAACUGCUCCUCCACUGCCCGGGCCUGAAGACGAUGAUGAUCUAAUGCCACCUUCCACACACUCUUACAGGCUGAGAAGCUCAACAAAUAGCUUGCCCGCCUCCGCGAUCUCCUCCCGGGACUCUUUGCAGCCCUCAGCCGGAUCAGGAUCAAGUGCGCGCAUCGGAGCGAUAAACAUACCCAGUCCUCAACGCAAUAUCUCGACCGACUCUGCCAAAGUCGUGUCCAAUCUACUAUCACAUGCCAGAACUAGCACCAUCACCCUCCGAAAAGAUGAUGAGAUGCUACAACAGCUUCAUUAUCAGAUGUUCGAUCUUGUCAACCUUGACAAGGAGAUAUCUAGUCCAUUCAUGGAGAUGUGGACGGCCCAUCAGCGACAUCAGAAUUUCUCGAUUGGAAUCUCUUCGCCGCGACCAUAUGAGUCUGGUCAGCAGCAGCUCUUCGAUCAUUACACAACUUCUGUCCGAACGCUCCUCACGAGCCUGCCGUUCGCCAAUGAAAAGGGCAGAGAAGUGCUCGAUCGCCUCAACCCAGCGCACGCUGCAGCGAAGCACACGACCUGUCCUUCCGACGAAGCUUGCUAUGUCUUCAUACUUUCAAGGGCCAUCGUGGCAUAUUUGUUGGAGGUCAAGAGACUCCUAGUCGCCACCGAAGGUGUCUUCAAUGCCAUUCUGGCAUUGACGGGCAACAGGCACGAUGCGUCACGAUCGUAUUCCGUGAAAGAAGGAGAGAUAUUGUGGGGUCGGAGACCAGCUUCUACAAGUGUCACAGAGUUCGAGACUGCUUGCAAGGUCCUGGAGCAGGGCUACGCGCAGCUGCACAUCAAUGAAGCCCGUCGAGUUGUGAUCAGUACCUGGGAUCGCAUGCUGGUGCUUCAACUAGACGAGCAAUUCAAGAUGUCUGUGUCGCUACCAGUUCACCGAGAGGAUGCAGAUCUCAAUCAGCUCGAUGGCUCGUAUCGCAAGAUAUUGGAGGGAGGAUAUGAAUGGGUGCCCAGCACUCCAUCAAGUCUUGACAAUCCACCGGUCCCGACUUUUCUUUCCACUCUUAUCGCUCUCAGCUUGUGCCCCAAAAUUGACCCUCCCGAAGGUGGGUAUUUAGCUUUUACUAAACAGGCCAGAGUCGUGAAUCCCCUUGGAGGAGUCAAUCCCGGGCAGCUAACAAGCACCUUGGGAGCAACGCAAUUCGGCCACCAACCAGGUGGCUCGGGCUCGGCGGGCUCGGCGGGCCCGGCGGCGGAUACCAGUCAUCGAGUCCCUCCGCCUGGCAAGUCAAACAGCCAAGCGCUAUUCGAUCAAGGCGCUUCUGAUUCAUUGGAUGCGAGAGAGUCGAAGAGGCCACGAAAUGGGAUACCCAUACUGGAGCAUUUGACCUUACAGCAUGACUCUGGCGACUCAGAAGCUCACACCAUCUCUUUGGAAAACACCCUUGCUGCUAAGGCGCGGGUGACUGCCGUCAGGCUUCCUUCCUGCGCCAUACAAGUCGAGCUCUCAGGUGCAGUUUUUGAGUCAGCCGAACCUGACAUGGGCAACCUCGGGUCAUGGCGCAUCCGCAAUUCUUCUCCGUCAAGUGCCAACAUGGUAGAGGAGCCCUGGUUCUGUCUGGGUUCUGGUCAAGAGCUGAACAUCGGUCAUGGUCGCUUGUGGAGCACCGUCGCUAUGGACACCUGGGGCCAUUCCUUUCGCGGCAAUGGCGUCACGGAUGCAGUUAAUCCUGGUGCCAUUGCGAGGAGCCAAAUCGACGACGACCGAUCUGACGUGGGCGAACAUGAUCACGACCAUGAUGUGGAUGUCCCGAUUCUUGACCGCUCCUUCGACACCGCCUCUUCUAAAUCUGUGACGACUCCGUCGCAAUUCCCCUUCAAGCUUGCAGCGAAGUUCUCGCUGCCUGACUUGGCUGUCAAAGACGACAUUGGGUCUUAUGAUCCUGCCGAGGCCCUGCAAUCAAUUCACAAUGAAGUCGCGGUGUGUCAAGAGAUCCGAAUGCGAGGGCUAGCAGUCAAUGUCCCCGUCAUCUAUGGGCUAUACCGCGCUCGUAUGUGUCUGGACGAAGACGGUACGACCCUUCGACCCUUCGAUCCAGACAAUGAGGAGCACUCAGAGCAGAGGAUCAUCAAACUAUACGCAAUGUUGCUGCAAAGGCUUGGUCCCGAUUUAUGUCACGCUCCGACUGCUUACCAAUGUGGGUCGGUUAUCGCUCAGUACAAAGCAUUGCACGGUGCACGUAUCCAACAUGUAGACCCGUCCUUGCGGCACAUUUUGACCGAGACCUUGCCGUCAACGGCGUUCAGCGACCCCUUUGAGUGGAACGCGCAUGUCAGCAAAACUUCGAGUUUCCGGCCAUUUGGCUCAAGGCUGUACCUGGUCGACUUCGAAGCUGCAAAAUUGAAUGCGAAUGACGCCGAGCUGGAAAUGGAGCGACGCGAAAUCAUGCGAUUACUUGGAGGUGACGCGUUGUAAAUGGAGAUCUUUAUGUAAGACGGCCUAUGCCUCACGUAGUGGUCCUGGAGACCACAGACGCAUCGAGAUCGUAUUUGUGCAUACUGUAUUAUCUCGACAACAUUGAUGUGAAGGAUCC